AUGGACUGCUGCUUUUCCUACUUCAAACCCAAAUUCCCAACCUUGCCCGUCGGCUCUAUCCGCGGCCCAAUCGCUUUCCAGAAUCGCUUCAACCGGAGGCCGUUGCCAAUUGUAGCAUCUAGCAGGUGUCAGUUUGGGGGCUUGGCAGCGCCUCUCGAGCCGAGAACGCCGACCGGGAGGUUCCUGAGCGGCAUGUUGUUGGAUGGUCGCGAUGGAUUUCAGGCUGCGGCCAGGAAGGAGUUACAGCGGCUUGCGGCUGAACGGGAUGAAGCGGCGACUCGGUUGCAGCUCAGCAUUGGUUCGGACGAAGCUUGCCUGCACAGGAGGAUUGCUGAGUGCAAGAAGCAUGAGUGCCAGGAAGCAGUCGAGGACGUAAUCUACACACUCAUCCUCCACAAAUUUUCCGAAAUAAGGGUUCAUUUGGUUCCCAAGCUAUCGGAAUGCCUCUACAAUGGCCGUCUAGAGAUAUGGCCCUCAAAGGACUGGGAACUCGAAUCCAUCCACAGCUGUGAGGUUCUGCAAAUGGUGCGAGACCACAUAACGGCUGCGGUUGGGCAGCGAGCAGAUGCUAAUGUCACUGCCAGUUGGGCAACAGCCGAGGUACAUAGGUCCCAUCUCUGCAAGUUGUACGCGUCCUCCAUUUUCUACGGAUACCUUUUGAAGUCCAUUGCUUUCAGGCACUAUCUUGAACGAGAUUUGGAUGUCAGCAGCUCAUACCUAGGAUUUGGCACCUGGACCCAGGUUUCGGAGAUGUUCUCCAUCGGGUCCAAGCAGAUUGCAUACAACAUGGGUCCCACAGGAUUUUCAUCUGGUGCCCGAUUGCCCUGCGAUCUGGGUAAAAAUGUGGGUAAUUUGAGGAUUUACAUGAUGGGAUUUGAUGUGGAAAUGAUCGGGAUGUGUGCGAAUCCGAGGUUUAAGGAGUCGGUAAGCCUUGUGGGGAGACAUAGUCGUGCCCUGUUUGGUGAUGAGGAGGCGGAUGUUAUUAAGACAUCGUUUGCCAGUGUCAAGAGAUUUUUGUUGGAAGCUGUUGCUUUUGGAUCCUUUUUGUGGGACGUGGAGACUCGUGUGAAUAGUGAGUAUGUGCUCGAGGAGGAUUGA